AUGCCGAGCCACCACGCGAGGAGUGAGAGAGCCGUGCCUCGUCAUCGCUGGCCUGGAGCUCGCCUUUCGUGUCCCGUCGCGUCAUCGCCAGCCACGUCCAGCUCGCCGCCGUCGCAUCGCCAUCAGAGGCCAGAACUGAGUGAGAUGCCUCUGAGAGAGGGGACGAGCGUGAGAGAGGGGACGAGCGUGAGAGAGGAGACGAGGAAGAAGGACUGCCACCGUUCUGCCUCGCUACCGUCAAACUGCUACAGCUGCCGCGCCUUGUCUCCAUCGCCGCUGAGCCUCAACAGCCGCCAUGCCAAGUCGCCGUCACUGAGGAGAGCACGAGGAGAGAGAAGGGAGAGACUUCGCGAAAGGGAAGGAGAAUACGACAGAACUCGUCGCCGGGAAGAGGGCCGCUAUAGCUGUGACUAUUACAAAGUUGUUGCUGCGGGAUUAGUUGGAGUUGUUGCUACUGCCUCGGUCUAG